AUUUAUGCCGAGAAAAAUUAUAAUCACAACAUAUCUCAAUGAUGGCUGCCUGCUGGAUAGUUCCUUCCUGCACAACUGAGUGUUAGUGUUGGCUAAAAACAUAGUUAAGUGGGCUUGUAGAUACACGAUAUAGGUUUUAACUGAACUUCCUCCUGCUAAAUACAUAAGAUGUUUAAUUUGAAAAAAGAUAUUUGAUAUGGUAGUUCAAAAUAAAAUUCAAGAUAGUAUCUUUGGUCAUGCUAUUGCUGUAGCUGCUUGCAGCUUUGUGGCGUUAAUCUCCUUUGUUAUUGUUUGUGCAUGGUGUUUUAAGAAAAAAUCCAAGAGACUUCCUAGCAUUGAUGAAUGUGAUGAUGUGGGCAGCCAGUAUAAUUAUGAUAAAUUCUCUAAGUCACCACUAUUGAGAAAUGGUUCACCUAAUAUUAGGGAAGACAAUUUUCCUUUCCUUGGAAAGGUCAGUGAUCUUAAUAGAUCAAGAGCUUCAACUUCUUUAGGUGUUCCAUCAAUGGAAAAGCAAAAAGUUUCUCCUGGAUGGGGACCAAAAUCAAUAACAUUUGGAAGUCCUGCAGGAGACACUUCUUUUGAAAGUAUGAGUAUUCAACCUAAAAACAAAGACCUGUCAACGUCAUGUGACUCGUUGGUUUCAUCUUUAAGUUCAAUACCUGCUGAACCAGAGGUACCUACUGACAGAGGAGAAGACUUGGGUUCUAUAUAUUUCAGUAUAAGUUAUGAUGUUUAUGAUUUAGUACUAAAAUUAACAAUACAAAAAGCAGUAAAUUUACCUGCAAAGGACUUAUCUGGAACUAGUGAUCCUUUUGUAAAAGUCCUUUUACUGCCAGACAAAAAAAAUAAAUUAGAAACUAGAGUAAAACGGAAAAGAUUAAAUCCUGUUUGGAAUGAAGUUUUUACUUUUGAAGGAUUUCCACAUCAAAAAUUAGUUCAAAGGACUUUAUAUUUGCAAGUUUUGGAUUAUGACAGAUUCUCAAGAAAUGACCCUAUUGGAGAAAUUGAACUUCCAUUGGCAGAUGUUCAUUUACAGUCUGAACCAGUACCCUUUGUAAAGAAACUAAAUCCAUGUAAAAGAUCAGCAGAUUAUCUGGGUGACCUGUUGAUUUCCAUGUGUUACAACCCUACUUCAAGCUGCAUCACAAUUGUUGUUAUGAAGUGUACAAAUUUAAAAGUGAUGGAUAUAACGGGAAGUUGCGACCCGUACGUGAAGAUAUAUCUUGUUUACUCUGGCAAGAGAAUAGAUAAAAAGAAAACCUCCAUCAAAAGACGAGCAUUAAAUCCUGUUUGGAAUGAAAGUUUUGAGUUUGAAGUACCAAUCGAUAAAAUACGAGAAAUAUCGUUUGUUUUGACGGUGAUCGAUUUUGAUCGGAUUUUACCGAAUGAGGCGAUUGGGCAAGUGAUUAUCGGCUACCGUACUGCUGGUACCUCGCUGAAGCAUUGGACUGAAAUGAUGAAUCAUCCACGGAAGCCGAUAGCUAUGUGGCAUAAAAUCAUAAAGUACUAGAGCAUCUCUUCCUUAUUGCAAUUCCUCCUAACUUUAACGUGCCUUCCUACACUCCUAGUAAUCACACUUACCCGGGACCGGCCUAAUUUGCAUUCAGAAUAUUAUAAUAAUUUAUUUAUUUAUUUAUUAUCGCGUUAAUUUAAAAAUCAUGCCAGUCACUGCGCGCAUGAUAAAUUCAUGCUUAUCUAUAAACACAAGAAUACUCGGACAAAGAUUGGGGUUAAUGACAUCAAAAACUAAAAUAGUUCAGAGUCAGAGGUCCAAUCAAUACUGUGGGCUUUUUUUUGAAAUUGUGUGAGAAAAACUAAGUGCUUGGAGUAUGUGACGUAAACCAGAACGUCGACUUUUUUGUUACUUGUGCAUUUCUUUAACAGCGGAAAGAAAAAAUUCUAUUUCGAUAUUAAGAUUUUUGCGUUUGUGUUGGUUCAACAAAGUAGUGCUGUCAAAUUUAAUUGGCAUCUUUAUUCAGAUUAUUUUUUUAAAUUUUUCUUAAAGCGGGUAUAAUCUAAUAGUAUUGUUGUAUAUAAUUAUUUUUUUGUUUUAAAGAAUAUGGCGUAUGAUUAGAAUUUUCUGCUUAAUUAGUAGCAACGUAAAACCAAAAAAAAUCUUGUCAGUAAGUAAA